AUGUCCGAUCCCUACAGUCAGCAAGCUUUUGGGCAGCCGACCUUCACCGACGCGCAUGCGAAUGGGAGUUCCUCUGGACCUGAUAUGUUCGAUGUCAUCGACGCAUCCAAUCUCUACCACGACCACGAUCACGCCUAUCGACCUGGCAAUCAACAUCUGCAGCAACUGCACAUCCAAACUCAUGACGAGUUUGCGCAAAGCCAGCAUCUUGCGUAUGCCCUGCAAGAGAGCAGUCCAUCGGUUGCAGGCCUCCAGUACACCUCACCAACGGUGCCAAACAUGAGAAGCCACUUAUCGCACCAUUACGAGCCCGAUAGCGCAAUAAAUCUCGGAUUGGAUGAUCUUCAAAGGCUAUCCACAGCCGCGCACGGUUACAAUAUUAACACCUAUCGCACGCCAUACCCUGCCAGCAAUGCGACAUCCACCUCAUCAGCCACGUCUCCUGACCCCACAAAUGCCACUCUGCUCACUGAUCCAGUGGUUGUAGAAGCAGAAGAAGACAAAAGAAAGCGCAAUCAAGCUGCUUCCGCUCGUUUCCGUCAGAAGAAGAAACAGCGUGAGCAACACCUCAUGGAAAAAACCCACGAGAUGCAGGAGCGGACGAAGCAGCUGGAGGCGGAAAACGAAGGGCUCAAGAAGGAAAAUUCAUUUUUGAAGAAGCUGUUAGUGGAAAAGGUUGAUCAUAUGAGUGACGAGGAUCGGGAGCUGUUGAGGAAAGCCGCUGGAGAAGUGUUGGACAAGGUGGCUGGGAAGGCGGGUUGA